ACGGGUUUUGCACGAAAUUUGACAGUUACAUAGUUUAAGUACUAAAUAAAUGCUUAAGCGGCUCAGAGAUGUUUUAAACUCACCAAUUCUCUGUCCAACAGGGGACGAAAAUGGGUUAGAAGCGAAAAAUGAAGCCAUGUUCGUUUCUCUUCACGUUUCUUGGACCAAAACAAAUUACGUCAUUUUUAUAUUGUGAAUCCGAUUCGCACGCGUCUGGCUGCCGCACAAAAAGUCGACGACGACUGUUUGGCAAGCAACUUCUCAAUAUGGCUGCCAAUGGAGAGUUUGACGACUCAACUGCCAGUGGACAAGAACCAGAAUUGGAAGAAAUAAGGUAUAGUGUGGAUAAAUGUGCAGUAGUUAACUAGAAGUAGCUUGGCUGUGGGUCUUUGAUUAAAUACCAAUACAGGAGGUCUGAAAAUGUUCGUGUUUUCAGUGAAAUUUGAUAAACGCAUAAUUUCACUGACCUCAGCGACGCAGAAUAGAGACCAUACUGAAGUCUGACGUCUUGGUUUUGGCUGUGAUUUUGGCGUAACCAUCGCAAUGCUGUCACUAUGUUCCUAGCCAGUGCAUAUGAGGCAUUCACCCCCCCUGAAAAUAUUGAAAAUGGUGGACAUUCAGGGGGGUGAAUGUCUCUCAUGUUUUCAUUUCUAAACUGACAAUCCUCCCCCCCCCCAAAUAAACAAAGCCAGUUAGGUUAAGGCAACAAAUGUGCCUAUAGUUGUUUAUUAACUGACAUAAUUAUAUGUAUUUUAUAGCCCAUUAAUGGAAAGCCCUGACGAGGAAUGCCACGUUAUCCAUGAGGCAGAUGACCCUGACCUUGAUGAAAAUUUGACGCAAGAGCUUUACGACACAGAACUUGAAUUCGCAUUGAACCGACAGUAUCUGAUGAUCGUGAUUGAGCCAAAGGUACUGGGCGACCAAAUUUCAAAAUGGAUCCGUGUUGGAAAUUUUAUUCAUAAAUCGUCAGUAUUGUGUAGUCUCGGGUGUUUGGCUUCACCGCUAUUCCUCCCGCCAAAUAAUAGAACGAUCGUCAGCAUGACUUUGGGCGGCACAAGUUUGUUGUUAACGGCGCUGUACGAUAUAUCGUGGCAAUUUGAUCCAAGUUGCAAAUACCAGGUUGAAUACGAUAGUCAUAAUUUGGUAAAGGUGCCUCUGGAACGCUUGACUUCACCAUCGCCUAUCGUGUUAGUUUAUAAGAAUGACAAAUAUAGAAAAAUUCUUCAUAACGUUGGCUCGUUCGCAGUCUGUAUUUACAUGGGAUAUAAAGCUUAUCAGUACUGGCAAUAGCACUGCUUAAAAUGGAAGUGUAGACAUUCACAGUUGGUAUCGGGACAAUCGAAGUAUUAUAGUUACAGUACUUUUUGUUUAUCAUUAGUACAGUAGUGCCAGUAACAUUGGUUGAAUAAAAAUGUAAAAAAUAAUAGAUGUGUGUACAACCAAAAUAAAAUAAAACUUUCAAUAUGUGUGAGUUGCAUUACUAAUGCUUUAUUAAACUAAAUAACUAUCUAUACAUGCCUAUUAUACAAUUCAUACUACAGUCGUGUCAAUAGAAGUGUUCUGAAAAAAAUUUGAUUGGUUCACAUUUCCCAACUUCAAGCAAUUCAUCAAGAUUUUGAGAACGUUCCUUCUAAAAGCAUUGGUUAAUUUAAAUUCUUUUUUGACUGCAUCACAUGCAAUAACAAUUAUUUUACAAAUUGAGGAAAUGCAUGUUUUACACACUUUAAUAAAAUACUACUGUAUGUUUGGUUCCUACAUAUACGCCUGUAUUCUAAAAGCUCACUCACAAGUUCAAUCUGAGCUUCUCUUGAGUGCCAGUCACAGUGCUGUUUUUGAAUAGCUGGAGGGUGAGUAGUCACAUAUUAAGGUACAAUACUAACCCUUAGCUAUUCAAAAACUGCACUGGCACCUAAGAGAAGCUCAGAUUGAACCUCCACUCAUUGAGUGUGAGUGAGCUUUUAGAAUACGGGCGAUAGUCUGCACUAAUUGCUGUUUCUAAAAAGUCUAGACUAGAUGAUACAUUGCAAUGUAAUCAACUGAAAGCCAUCUGACUGGCCAUGAAAUAAAGCUUUGACAAGAUGCCACACUACAUGAUAUUGUGUAGUAAUCUAAUUAAGUUAUACAACUAGUUUCCUGACCAGUCUCCAUCGCCUGACAGAUAUGGAGUACAUGUUAUCCCGUCGUUGUUCAGAGCAUGUCCUUGCAAUGUUGAGGCAAAAUCUUCCUAUCGAGGUUUCUGUAGCAGUAAGCCCACAGUGUGAAUGGUACGAAGCACAGCACCAGAAUUGAAAUCCAAAAUAAAAUAGGAACAUUGCCUUUUCUGAAAUAUAAUGUUUGCAUCCAGAAUAAAAUGUUUUAAAAGGUUAUAGAUAUAAGUGAUGUUACAUUAGUCAGAACUAUGCCAUUCACUCUCACCUUUGACUGUACCAUGUAACAAAUUUACACAGGCUUAUCCAGAACAUUACUAUGAUCAGUCCUGACAUUUCUCUAUGAACGAAAGAAUUUGCACAUUUUAUGACAAGAAGUUGACUACAAUUAGUUCUAUCAAAUGAAAUGUCCAAAAUCCUAUUAAAUUUGCCCAUCCAGUGAACUGAAUGUAGUCAUACUAAUUUACAUGUAACUACCAUUAUAAUGCUUGUGAUGUUACUCUGAGUGUGUAUCCACACCGGGCAGGCUUGAAAAAUAUGCCCGGCCACAGUGGGAAUCGAACCUACGACCUUUGGAAUACUAGCCCCAUUAUGAUAACUAUUUAUUGUGACCAAGACAAACCUUCCUUCUUCCAAAACCAGCGGGUUAUUGAUGGCAUCUUUUUGCAUUUGGGGUCUAAUAGCUGUAGCAAGGUAUAUUGCUCCAGCCAAACUGCCGACAACGUCAGCGGUUGCCAAAGAUUGCCACACAGUAUGAUCUGCAAAAU